AAGCACCAAAAAGUAAACAAACGAGCAACUUGUUUACAGCUUUCGUUCGUACCCACAAUGCAUUUGCGAAGCAGAUAAAGAGAAGCCAGGAAAGCGUAGCUUGGUCGAGGAGCGAUUGUGCCCUCUUAUUACUUUUCUUGCAAAGUAGUAACGAAGCUACUCAAGUAGAUACGUUGUCAUACAUCAGAGAAGUCGGGGAAAUGUCUGCUGUUGAAGACUGUAGUGAGCUGAAAGGCGGCCAUCCUCCAGCAGUUAAGGCUGGUGGCAUGCGUAUUACACAGCAUAAACCAGCAGGUAGUACUCAUGAGAAAGCUCCCGAAUUAAAGAAGGAUGAAGGAGACGAUGCUGUUGAAGAGGUUUCUCCAAGUCCUCCAAAGCCGCACCUUGUCAUUUCGGGAGUAGUUGCCAAGGGGGAUGCUGACUUUCCUCCAGAAGCAGUACAGGUUUUCCACAACAAGCCACAACCAUCGCAUGAGUAUAGGGCCUGUUCCUCCAAGCCAACUAUUAUCCAGCAGCCUAGGAAGUAGGCAUUUCUGUGCUUUGACAGUGUAUUGUGGCUUUUGCCAGUUUUGAUGAAGUUGCUGAGAAUGUUUGCGCUUUAUCAUUUGGACCAAUUUCAAUUUGUUUUUCAGUGCACUGUCACUGUUGGUGCCUCUUAUUUUUUUCAGCUAUGAAGGUCUUGCUUUUGCAGGGAUAUUGUUUUGGUUUUAUUUUUUCUAUUGACAACGCUGGGUUGAUAAAUUGAUUUGGGGCAAUUAUAAUCCUUGGCACGUAUGCUUUUUUUAUCCUUGUUUUGUGUGCCAGGGCUCAUCCCAUUUCCCUGGUAUAUUUUUUUAGCAAAACCUCGUGCGAGGUUUCUUGUACUACUGUUUUCAUUUGAAUAAACUUGUGGUCUUGGCA